AUGGAUGAACUGCUGAGAUGGUUGGGGUUUUGCCAGAAUGACUCCACCAUGAUGGAGGAGGUUCAAGAUGCGGGUCAGGCAGCACAAGCACAAGUUACGCAGGAGUUGAACAGACCAGGGGCGAACGCAAGGCAUCAGGAUAUCGACGACAGCUCAUCAGAUCCGUCGAUGACCUCCACCAUCGACAGCCAUCAGAGUCCUCUUGUUCUCGAUUCACACUUUCGUGCUCUGCCCGCCAGGCAGCUUCCUGCAGCAGCCAAGGAGGUGGACGAGAUCCGGUUUCACUCCUGCCCUUUCUCAGUCGAGGACAAGCUCCUUGCGGGACGAUACAUCGACAAGCACUACAGACAUAAAUGGGAGAAAAUGAGGGACGAGAAGAUCGACCCCAUCGUCCUCAGUGACGCUGAGAAGACGAUCCGAGCUUCGGACCUCCGCCGCAUGCCCCACUCGAAGAUCCAAUCUAUCGUUGACCUGUCGAGCAAGAGGUCGAAGGAGAAGCACAAGGCUCCGAUAGAAGUCCUCGGGAUCGUUCUCCAGCCAAAGUUGCAGCAUAUCCUCAACACCUUGCCAAAGCUCACGAAGAAGAAAAUCUUGCAAGACACCCGAUCAGCGAGGCCGAGGGAUGUUGAGAAGUUCAUCAUCCAGCAGAUCCAAGAGAACACGGGAUCCGUCUUUGACAGCGAGCUGGGCUCCAAGUACAUCGACGAGGUCGUGUUCAAGAGGCUGCCUCCGACGGAGGAGCAGGAGCGAGAGAUCAUCCGAUCGAGGAUCAUGCAGAUGGAACGAGUUCAAGAAUCAGACGAUAUCAUGAAGUUCUACGAGGGGAGGAACGAGCAGUCGUUCCAGAUGAAGGCAGGAGAGAUAGUGCACGAGAAGUACCAGCAGCACAAGAGCGCGAUAGUCAACAAGAGGCUGAACAUCUUCAAAGUCAACGAGGCCCACAGGUUUGAGAUUUGGAUGCACAAGGUUGUUGCAAUCUGCGCUCGUCACGUUGACUGA